AUGUCGACACGUCGAGGUGUCGGACUCGGAGCCUUUGCGAACCGUACGCAAACAAGUCAAUCCUAUGCCAACCAUGGCGCCAACCUUCGCUCUGCGCACCUUGCCUCCCUCAAAACACAACUUUCCGUAUUCCAGUCGUUGCUUCACACUUUCGCAUUAGAACAUAGUUCAACGAUAAAGUCGAAUCCGACAUUCCGAGCUGAAUUUGCUCGUAUGUGCAAUGCUAUCGGGGUUGAUCCUCUUGCAGCCAGUAAUGUCAAAGGGAAAAAUGGCCGAAGAGGGGAAAAUUAUGGGGGUGAUAUGAAUGACUUCUACUUUGAGGUUGCGGUCCGAGUCGUAGAGCUCUGUCGAUCCACGAGAAGCGAGAAUGGAGGCUUGCUGGGUGUUGAAGAGUGUCGGAAACAGGUCGGCAAAGGCAAAGCCAUCGGGAGCGGCUUGGAGGUCACUGAUGACGAUGUUCUCCGCGCUGUGAAAUCCCUUGGGCCCCUUGGGUCUGGCUUCUCCAUUGUGCAAGUAGGGAGCAAGCAAUACAUCCGAUCCAUUCCCAAGGAGUUGAACACCGAUCAGGCCACAGUCCUCGAGGCGAUUCAGAUACUGGGCUAUGUCAGCGUAUCCAUGUUGCAGUUGAACUUGAACUGGGAAAAGGCCCGCGCACAAACUGUUAUUGAUGACCUUGUAGCAGACGGUCUAGUUUGGGUGGACACGCAGGGCGAAGAGAAUGAAUACUGGUCGCCCCAGAAUCUUUUUGAUGACAGCGGGUGAUAUUUCUUAUACUCGGAGACGGUUCAUUUAUCAGAAAAACGAACUUUCCUCUGACCGAUGACGAUCAAGCAAUGUCGGCCUGGAGAGCCGCUCACCACGUUACUGCUCCGACACAGCAUGUCAAGGAGCCGGCUACCGUCCCUUCAAGCCACGAGGUUGCUCGAGGCAAUAAGCGGGUCAAUUCGGGAAUGGAGAAACCGUAUCGGCGAGCGCUGUUAAAGCAUGCCCGCCGCUUCAUGGUCGCAACUCAGUCCUGCAUUGGACAUGUGUAAACUAUGCAUGUAUCUGAAUAGCUCCGAUAGCGGCUAUACAUACAUACAAAUAUAUAUGUAUGUGUAUACAAGGACUCGCUACUCAUAACAUGGAGAGCGAGCAAUUGCUUUCGUGUCUCCUCGUCUCCGAAUUAUACAGAGUUUGUCGACGGGCACUGGUGGUAGACAGCCAAGCCUAUCCAACAGAAUAUAUUGUUCACUCAGAGGCG